CCCCGUGGGCGGUUGCGUGAGUGCAGCGAGUGUGCUGGGGCACCCGUGUCUGGCGCAGUACCCCCUCUGCACUCCGAGUUGGACGGCUGAACGAAGACUUUCUCCGCUUGAACACCAGCAGAGACGGGGACCUCACUAUCUGUCUGAUGGAUCUAACGUCUGUGAAUCUCGCACCUCCCCAGGAGGGGAGCCCAGAGGAGCGUGGAGUGUCAGCCAAGGUCCUGUUGGCCAGCAUGCAGGAAGCAGUGACCUUCUGGGACGUGGCAGUGGACUUUGACCUGGAGGAGUGGAGCUAUCUCUGUCCUGCUCAGAAGGAACUCUACAGGGAAGUCAUGCUGGAGAACUACAAGAACCUGGUGUCGCUGGGGCUUCUGGAUCCCAAGCCAGACCUGAUCUCCCGGUUGGAACAAGGAGAGCCCCAGUCGUGGGAUGUGCAGGAAAGGCCCUCUAGCAGUGUCUGCGCCCAAGCAGGAGGGCACCCCAGCAGGGAGUCGGGAGCCAGAGGGAGCCGCCCAGCUGCCUCGGAAGGAUGGGGUGGGGCAGCCUGGAAUAUUAAACUUGAGAAUGAGGAGUCAUGUCAAAAGAAAGAAGAAGGAGGAUCACCUGAGACCUUAGUGAAGAGACUCAGGGGGAGUGUUCCCAAGGCCCACCUCCUAGGGGAGCUUCCUGUCCAAGCGAUCAGUGUGUGGGAGCACAUGGCAAGCCUUGCAGGGGACCCUUCAGGGAAAUUCAUGUUACAGGAAAGAGGUUUGGGGCCAUUGUCUUUUCUCUCCAGGAAAAUCCGUAAUCAGCAAGGAGUCCAUGCCUGUCCUGAUCUUGAGAAAAGCUUUAGCCACAGUAUCUGCUGGCCCACAAGAGCGUGGAGUUACAAUGUAUAUGAGAAUCUCUCUCAUUACCACACAGCCGUCAUUCAACACCAGAGACUAAAUAGGGGAGAGAAACCUUAUGAUUUUGAGCAGCAAUGUGAAAAGGCCUCAAAUCUCACUCAACACCAGAGGAUUCACACUGGAGAGAAACUUUAUGAGUGUAAGGAAUGUGGGAAGAGUUUCAAACGAAGUUCACACCUUAUUCAGCAUCAGAGAAUUCAUAGUGGAGAGAAGUCUUAUAAAUGUAAUGAAUGUGGAACAGCCUUUAGCCAGAACUCACAUCUUGUUCGACAUCAAAGAAUUCACACUGGAGAGAAACCUUAUCAUUGUAAAGAAUGUGGGAAGGCCUUCGGCAGGAGUUCACAUCUAAUCCAACACCAGAGAAUUCACACCGGAGAGAAACCUUAUGAAUGUAAGGAAUGUGGAAAAGCUUUUAGCCGGAGCUCAGCCCUUACUCAACAUCAGAGACUUCACAGUGGUGAGAAACCUUACAAAUGCAAAGACUGUGGGAAGGCUUUCAGCUGGAGCUCAGCCCUUACUAAUCAUCAAAGAAUUCACACUGGAGAAAAACCUUACAAAUGUAAGGAAUGUGGGAAGGCAUUCAGCUUUAGUUCACUCCUUACUAAACAUCAUAGAAUUCAUACUGGAGAAAAACCCUAUGAAUGUAAGGAAUGUGGGAAGGCCUUCAGCCAGAGCUCAGCCCUUAUUAAACAUGAAAGGAUUCACAGUGGAGAGAAACCCUAUGAAUGUAAGGAAUGUGGUACAUCUUUUAGUUGGAGCUCAGCCCUUAUUCAACAUUAUAGAAUUCAUACUGGUGAGAAACCUUAUGUAUGCAAGCAGUGUGGGAAGGCCUUCAGCCAAAGUUCAGCCCUUAUUAAACAUAAAAGAAUUCAUAGUAGAGAGAAACCCUAUGAAUAUAAAAAAUGUGGGACAACUUUCCAUUGGAGCUCAGCUCUUUUUCAACACCAGCAAAUCCACACUGAAGAGAAAUCUUAAAAAAUGAAAGAUGAAAACCUUCAGCCACAACUCGUCCCUUAUUUAGGAAAGAAUUUUUAGAGGAGAAAUACCCCUAUGUAAGUGAGAAGUAUAUAAAGCCCUUCAUAUAAAGUUCAAACUUUAGUCUAUAUCAGAGAAUUCAUACUGAAGGAGAACUGAAUUCCAUGAAUGUUGAAAGGCCUUUAGUCAGGGGCAGACUCUCACUCCAUCAGAUCAUUCAUCCAUGAGGGAGAUGUAAUGAAUAGCCUUCAGUGUGAUUGGUGAGGUUUAAUUGCACGUCCACCAGUUCAUCCUGGGCAAUCACCCUAAGAGAGCAGAAAAUUUGGGAAAGCCUUCAGACAAAAAUCUAGCUGACUUUACCACUCAUGAAGUCAUCCUGGAGGCAAUUGCUACAAAUGUAAGAAAUGUGGGAAAGAAUAAAGUGACUCUAUCUAUCCCUAACUCCACAUCGUCACCCCAAAACAGCAAGAAAUUUAGCAAAAAAUUUUUAAAUGCAGUAAAGAAAAGUGAGGAAAGAAAUCAUUACCAAGAAAACUUUGCCGAAAAGUGAGCAGAGAGGCCGAACUAAUGAGUGAAUAGAAAGAAAUACUCUACCACGAGAGAAAAGAAAGCAGUGAAAAAUGCCCAGAAGAAAGGAACAAUACUGCUCUAGCAAUAUCUAGCCUUGAGAAAUGAGACUAGAACAACCAGAGUGGGUGAGAAUCUUAUUAAAGUAAAAGAUGUGAGGAGAAAAUUUGGAACUCAAAAAAGAAUUUCAAAAGAUAAACAAAACUGACUAUGUAGAAUAAAAGGUAGAAAGUGUUAACAAAGAAACAGAUACCAUGAAAAGAGAACAGCAGGAACAGAUCACAAAAAUGCUAAGAUGUAGCAAGAAAUAUUGGAACAAAGGUAAAAGAGCAAAAUCAGAAGAACAGUUGAGAACUCCAUAGAAUACGGCAAAUGAGCUUAGAGACGAAGCUUGGAGAGCCAGUCUGGAAACCAUUUGCCCCUCACCCCCAGAAACAAAGACCCUGAGUACCGUAUUUCUUGAAAUCAUACAAAACAAUUGCCUGGAAAUGUUGGAAUUAAGAGUCCACAGGAAUUUGUCAAAGAAGAACCUUCCCCCAUUCCUGCCACCAUUUUAACUCAUCAGGAAAUGUAGUCAAGGACACCUAGCGCUUCAGAGCCGAAGAAAGAGACUUGCACACUGCAGGAGGAGUUGGUUCACUUAUCAAGGAGCCCCGUGUCUGGUUCCUUGAAGACUACUCAUUGAUGAUGGAAGAAAAGAUUGGCUGUCUCUGAGUCUUGCCCUUUACCAGAGAAGGAUGGGAUGGCAGCUUGGGUCCUACUGGCCAGAGCCCAGCCCGGGAUUUUAGACUUCAGAACCUGGAGCCACCUUGAAAUCCAGGAGGAGCAGGCUCUCCAGGGACCCAGGUGGGGAGACUCCAACAGGACGUGUCCGAAGAUCGGGUCAUGGAAGGAAAUUGAGACUUUCCAGCAGAGAUUCUGGGAAAUCCCUUUCCCAGCAAAGUGGUUUCAGGAGGAUGAUUGUCUUUGGAAACGCAACCUCAUUUGGGAAGGGAGUCCAUAAAUGUCUCCUUUUGGGAGACCUUAGGAGCCUUGAGAUCAUGGAAUUAUAAUGGACAUGGGAAUAUUUCCUGUUGCCACACCGUCCUUGGUGACCCCUGCAGAGAGGGGAGGGAAAUUGUGAGUGAAGCGAGAACUUCCAUUUUGAAUAAGGGAACUAAUUAAUGCCGGGCAGAAACUUGAUCAAUGUAAGGACUGUGGAUGGACCUUUAGGAGAUGUUCACAUCAGAAAACUUCUAGUGGAGAGAAGUCUCGGAGAUGGGAGGAAUCCACACGGGGAAGCUUCAGCCUGAAUUCAUACCUCCCUCCACAGCAGAGAACCCCUAGGAGAGAGAGGCCUUGUACACAAAUGGAACAUGGGAGCAAUCCUCACUCAACAUCAGGGACUUCACCCUGGCAAGAAACACGAAUGUGGGGAUUGUGGAAGGGCCUUCAGCCCCAGCAGGGCCUUUACAGAACAUCAGAAUAUUCACACUGCUGAGAACCUCGGUGGGUGUCCAGGGCCUUCAGCUUCAGCUGACGCAUUACUAACAUAAUUUAUGUGAGAGAGUGUUUGAAUGUGAGUGCUAUGGGGCCACAUUCUGUUGGUGCUCAUCCUUUACAUCCAAUCACGCACAAGAGAAUCAUGAGUAUAAUGAAUGUAGUCUUCAGCUAAAGAUCAGCCCUUAUUAAAUGCAAAAGAAUUCACAUUGAAGAGAAACCAUAUGUCUUUGUUCAUUACAUAGGCUGGCUAGGUGGCACAGUGUGCUGGGUUUG